GGUCGCGCGGGGCUCGGCGGCGGGUCGCGGCGUCAUGUACUACAAGUUCAGCGGCUUCACGCAGAAGCUGGCGGGCGCCUGGGCCGCCGACGCCUACAGCCCCCAGGGUCUGAGGCCCGCGGCCCCCCGGGAGGCGCCGCCCGUCGUCUUCGCGACCCCGACCAGGUUCCCUCGGGCGCUCGCCGCGGACGAGCCGGCGGCGCGGAACCGGGUGCCCGAGCUGCAGCGGCUCUUCCAGAGAGCCGACGGCGCGCCCGUGCACCUCAAGCGGGGCCUGCCCGACCGGAUGCUCUACCGGACCACGCUGGCGCUGACGGCCGGCGGCACCGUCUACUGCCUCGUGGCCCUCUACAUGGCCUCGCGGCCCCGCAGCCAGUGAGCCGCCCGCGGGAGGCGCCCCCCGCAGCCGCAGGUCUUCUCGGAGCCCCCCGCCCGCCCCCUUUCCUUCCUUUCGGGCCGCGCCGAGCGGGCCCCGGCCCCGGGAUGCGGGGCGGGUCCCAGGCCCCCGGCCCCGACGUCGUCUCUGCCACCUGAACCGUCUGCCUUGCCCUGUGUCAGGAAGGAGGAAGCCCCGGCGAUGCUCGGUUCUUGAGCGGGACCUUCUGGGCCUGCCCGGGCUGGCGCAGCGAUCGGGAGGAUGGACCCGGGGAAGGCCAGCGGCCACCUGUCCGCCGCGCU